UCCCUCCUCCUGCUGCUGCUGCUGCCGGAAGCGCCCCAGGCGGAAGUGAGUGCCAGUGUCAUCCGAGGAGGAAGCUGGCGGAGGGAACAGGCGUGCUGUCGAGCGGCGGACUUGGGGGCCCAGCAUGGCGGCGCAGCGGCUGGGCGAUCUGUGGGCCGAGACCCCCCUGGAGAGCCGGAUCUUCUGCUCGGUGCUGCUCUUCUCGUGGGCCGUCUACCUGUGGGAGGCGCUGCUCGCCUGGCGGCAGAGGACUGUGUACAGGACAACCACCCAUGUUCCACUGGAAUUAGGACCAAUCAUGGACUCGGAAACAUUUGAGAAAUCUCGCCUUUAUCAAUUGGAUAAAAGUGCUUUCAGUUUUUGGUCAGGGCUGUACUCAGAGAUAGAGGGCACAGUGAUCCUUCUGUGUGGAGGAAUCCCUUUCCUCUGGUCUGUAUCUGGAGACAUUUCAGCUCGUGCCGGUUUUGGGCCUGAAUAUGAGAUUGUUCAGUCCUUGGUGUUCCUGCUGCUUGCUACACUCUUCAGUGCUGUUACCGGUCUUCCGUGGAGCCUCUAUAAUACUUUUGUCAUCGAGGAAAAACAUGGCUUCAACCAGCAGACUCUGGGAUUCUUUUUUAAAGAUGCAAUCAAGAAGUUUAUAGUGACCCAGUGUAUCCUGUUGCCAGUAACAUCACUUCUACUUUACAUCAUUAAAAUAGGUGGAGACUAUUUCUUCAUUUAUGCAUGGCUUUUCACCUUAGUAGUUUCUUUGGUCCUUGUCACAAUCUAUGCAGACUACAUUGCUCCCUUGUUCGAUAAAUUCAUCCCACUCCCUGAAGGAGAGCUGAAGCAGCAGAUUGAGGAGAUGGCAAAGAAUAUAGACUUUCCUCUGACCAAAGUGUAUGUGGUGGAAGGUUCCAAACGGUCUUCCCACAGCAAUGCCUAUUUCUACGGCUUCUUCAAGAACAAGCGUAUCGUGCUGUUUGACACACUCUUGGAGGAUUAUUCUGCCCUUAACAAAGAGCGCCCUGAGGAGCCUGGCUCAGAGAACCAGGUGGCUGGAGGAGACGGGGAAGAUGCCGAGGCAAAGGCUAAAGCCAAAAAUAAGAAGCAAGGUUGCAAAAAUGAAGAAGUCUUGGCUGUGCUGGGUCAUGAGCUGGGGCACUGGAAACUGGGCCACACGAUUAAAAACAUUGUCAUCAGCCAGAUGAACUCCUUCUUGUGUUUCUUUUUAUUUGCCGUGUUGAUUGGUCGAAAGGAGCUCUUUGCAGCUUUUGGAUUUUAUGAUACUCAGCCAACCCUGAUAGGCCUGUUGAUCAUCUUUCAGUUUAUUUUCUCUCCUUAUAAUGAGGUUCUCUCCUUCUGCUUAACUGUAUUAAGUAGGCGAUUUGAAUUUCAAGCGGAUGCAUUUGCCAAGGAUCUUGGAAAGGCUACAGACUUGUAUUCCGCUCUGAUCAAGUUAAACAAAGAUAAUCUGGGAUUUCCUGUUUCAGACUGGUUGUUUUCAAUGUGGCAUUAUUCUCAUCCUCCGCUGUUAGAAAGACUUCAAGCACUGAAACAAUCUAAGCAAGACUGAAUGAAAUAACUACUGGCUCAAAGGAGCUUCCAUCCCAAAACAAAUUUCCAGUUUUUAAAAACCAUCUAUACAUAUAUAUAUUCAUUCCAUUCCUGAGCACACCAUUCUGCAUAGCAACAUGCGCUGUUCACCUUAUUUGAAAGUAGCGCCCAAAAAUCCUGUAUCCAAUUUACGGAACUGAAUUUUAAAGAGAAAUACCUUGCGGGGACUGAAUUGGAAAGGAACGUAACCUGUAAAGUUUUAUCUGAAAAUCUUAACAAAGCAGUACUUGAGGGGAAAGUUUAACUUGUCACAACCUGAAGUAUCCAUGCUUGAAUUUGUGAAAGCUUUGAAUGUGACUUUUGUACCUUUUAAGCAGUUUGUCUGGGUGUUCUUACAGUACGAUAAACUUCUAGCUUUCCUACCUCAUCCAAUGAGGGGGUCUGAUCCUGGAUAACUAUCCUUCCCCCCUCCCCUUCUGACCGUUGGAUUUCAAGCAUUUAAACCAAACGCUGUCUGGACUGAAAGUGUGAACUUUCCCCUUUAGGUCCAAGUUCAUACCUGCAAUGAAUGAAAAGGCUACUUUUUACAGAGAAAAUAAAGUCGCCUCUCUCCCUGUAUGGGGAAUGGAGAAUAAAUUGCAGCUCAUGAAA